CGGGUUCUUCGACGCUUACAGCACACCCUCUAUAUGUAACCCGAAUUGACUCCAAAUCAUUAGCCCAGAGCGCCAAGUGGGAGCAGACAUGCGUCGCGUGUAUGGAUCCAACACUUCAGAUGACCCAAUCCGACCUUUCCAUUGUCUUCCUCCCCCUCUCUCGCUCGCCAAUGGCACUGGAGAAGUAGCGGACAUCAGUAUGGUCUUUUUUUCUCCUUACGUACACGACUCGUUGGAGGAUUGGGUUCGGUUUGAUUGACUGCAGUGACAAGAUCUGGUUUGUCCGACGCUGAAUGAUGCGAUGAUGGAGAGGGGCAGAAAGAAUCAGAAGUGCAGCUCCUUCUGCAACCCCUCGAUGCCCGGCGCGACGGCCGCCGCCACGAGCAUUAGCGGCGGCGGGGACGGGGGCGGCGGAGCGUAUGGAGGCGACGUGAACGCCGGGAUACUGGACGAGACGGUGCUGAUGCUGGUGUUCCGCAGCCUCAACUGGGAUCCGCACGUCAUCUGCGUGGCGGCCUGCGUCAGCCGUCGCCUCCGCGCCGUGGCCCGCCGCGUGCUCUUCCGGGAGCUGUGCAUCUCCCGGGCACCGCGCAUGGUGUCCGCGCUCACCUCGGGCGGCGUGGCCCCCGCCGGCCGCCUCGGCGGCGGGUGGCACGCCCUCGCCAAGCUCCUCUUCUUCUGCUGCGGCUGCGCCGCCCCGACACGCUUCUUCACCCCCGACCGCGCCGCCCCGGGCCACUUCGUCGGCGCCUCCCGGUUCUCCAAGACCUCCGGCCGGUCCUUCCUCGCGCGCCGCUGCUGGGGCGACCUGCUCUUCGUCAGCGAUCCCUGCGAGCACCCGGCGGCUGGUCGGGGAGGCGGCGAGGACCUGGGAGCCUACCGCGGGGUGUUCCGGGGGUUCAUGAGGUCACGGACGCGGGCAUGGCUGAUAGGGAAGCAAGCGGAGCUGGAAACCAAGGUGCGCUGCCCCUACUGCGGCGCCCGGGUGUGGAGCAUGACGGCGGCGGGGCUCGUGCCCAGGAGCGCAUCGAAGAGGCUGGGCUCCCACGAAGGGAGCUUGGAGUACUUCGUUUGCGUGAACGGCCACCUGCAUGGCUACUGCUGGUUGGCACAUUUGUCGACGGACGACGACGACGAGGAAGAUGACGGAGAUGACACCGGCGACGAUGGCAAGCAUAACGAGGAAGACGCAGAGCGAAAUGUUGAGUUCUGAGGAGUCGUGCUCUAUCAUUUUUGCCACAGCGGGAGACAACAGUAGUUGCUGCGGAUUCUAUCUGCUCUGCGAUCUGCUCUCCUUCCGUGCUCUGUUUCCAGCAUGUUGCUCUGGUAUUCUUGUUCUGCAUUCCCUGCAUGAAUGAGAAGUCUUCUGGUGCAUUCUCGCUUGUUACUGACUAGAAUUUUGAUGCGCUUAAUGUCUUAUUUGAGAAAAAUAUGGAAUGCGAUCAGUCCCAAUUGUUUGUUAGAUUCAGUCUGCGACUUCACCUUUCAUGGUCUGAUGAUCUUAAUUGUCUCUCUAUCCAAUUAUCUAAUGGUGUUAUCCUUACAAAAUCUCACAAGACCAAGUCAACAGAGUGGCAGCUUCUGAGGCAAUGAAUUCAGCUGGUGCAUCCAUAUCACUGUAAUCUUUGAUGGCAAAAGCUUCAAGGGUCAUCCAUGUUGCUUUCAGAUUAUUUCGGGAGGAUUUUGACUGAUUUGGACCAGGCAAUGCUUUGUGUUCUGCCACAGCUUGAGAAGGAACCAAUCAAUCAUUCUCCUCUUGGGUGGGUGUUGGAAGGGAAAACUGGGUUCCACUGAAUCAGCCAUGGCUGAUGAGUGGGAAUGUGACUGAGAGCACAAAGGAGUCUUGUGUUUCUUUGAGAACAGUAUACUUGUUUUCAUUCAUCCACUAUGGCUUUAUUGGAUGCUUCAUGAUAUGGUUAAAGUUUAAAACCAUAUGGGCAUUAUGGGAAGAAUAGAAUAGUAACCACUUUCUUUUGUUUCA